AUGGCGCGGAUCAAGAAGAGAGGCGAGUCCGGCGCGGCGAAGAACUAUAUCACACGGAACCAGUCGCUCAAGAAGCUGCAGAUCACACUCGCCGAGUUCCGGAGGCUGUGUAUUCUCAAGGGGAUCUUUCCUCGGCAGCCUCGGCAUGUGAAGCGAGCGAACAAGGGGUCGACAGCGCCGACGACGUUUUACUAUACGAAGGACAUUGCGUACUUGCAGCACGAGCCGGUGUUGCAGGCAUUCCGCGACCACAAGGCAUUUGCAAAGAAGGUGAAUCGAGCGAUUGCACGUCGGGAAUGGCAUGCAGCGAAGAACCUCGAUGAGAAUCGGCCCAAGUACCGCCUUGACCACAUUAUCAAGGAACGGUACCCGACGUUUGUCGACUCACUGCGUGAUCUAGAUGAUGCACUUUCUACGCUCUUCUUGUUCGCCAAUAUUCCGUCGCAAAAGAGCAUGGCGCCCGAGAUCACCGCACACUGUGCGCGACUGUGUGCCGAGUGGCAGCUGUAUGUGAUGCGCACGCACUGCCUUAGCAAGGUGUUUCUGAGCAUCAAGGGCAUCUACUUCCAGGCGGUCGUGCACGGGCAGGAAAUUACGUGGCUCGUGCCAUACAUGUUCACGCAAACGAUUCCUACGGAUGUCGACUUCCGUGUCAUGAUGACGUUCUUGGAAUUGUACCAGACGCUGAUGGGCUUUGUCCUGUUCAAGCUGUACACGGAUGAGAAUCUUGUGUACCCGCCGAAACUGGACGAGAGCCUCGACAAUCAAGGUGCUGGCUUUGGCUCGCUUAUGCUGAUGGCAGCGGACGCGGAUGUCCUUACUGGCAAACAUAGUCUGCGGCCCAUGGACGAUGCAGCAGCGGCAGAAGCAAGCUCAAAUGCCAUUACACGCAAGGAUGGAAAGAAGCUCUCGACGCGGGAUGUAAAGCGCCAGAUUGCGCAGCUCACGCGCUCGGAAGACAAGGCAGAGCACGAACCUGAAGACGACGAAUCGAUGCCCGCUCUUGAUGCGACGAUGCAGGAUCAGGACAGCGAUGAGGAGGCAGAUGACGAGGCUGGUGCCGCUGAUGCUUUCGUCGCUCAUGCGUCCAAGACCCAAGGCGCAGGCGCCGACCAACUGACGACGCUGAGGGAUCUGCAAAAACAGGCAGGAGAGGAUCCACUGCCGAUGCUGUUCAGCCGGUAUGUGUUUUAUAUAUCGCGGGAAGUACCGCGAACUGUGUUUGAGUUUAUCCUGCGCUCGUUCGGUGCGUCGCCGAGCAAUGUCGGUUGGGAUCCUGUUGCUGGAGCUGGGAGUCAGGUGGCAGUUGAUGAUGAGCGCGUCACGCAUCAUAUUCUUGACCGGCCAGUCGAUGGCAUGUCGUUAGACCAUGCUGGCCAUCGUGUGUACAUCCAGCCGCAGUGGGUCGUUGAUUGCGUGAAUGCGCGUCAGAUCCUGCCGACGGAUCCGUAUCGCCCGGGCCAGACGCUUCCGCCGCAUCUCAGUCCAUUCGUGGACGACCGCGAAGUGGCACGGAAGGGCGGCUAUGUGCCUGAGGAAGCGAGAGAGAAGCUCGGCUUGGAAGCCGAGUAUGUGGGCGGAGCUGACGAGGAUGAGGACGAAGACGAAGACGAGGAUGAGGAUGAGGACAAAGCUGGCAGCGGACGUGGCGAUGAUAAGAACGUGGCCGCGAGAGAGCAGGAUGCCGUGGAGAAACACGACAAGACGCCAGCACGACCAGCACUCGAAGCACUCCUGGCUGAUCCCACGGGGGCGGGUCUGCUUGAAGCAGCUGAGCUCGAGGCUGAAGCAACGGGUGGCGAGGAUGCUCUGCUUGACUUGCGCGCGAAGCACGCAGCAUCACUCAAGUCGCACAAAAAGAAGAAGCGGACGUCGACGACGCAAUCGCCACAGCUAUCAGAAGAAGCUGAGGCGCGUGACAUGGCCAAGACGCUGCUAUCGAACAAGCAGCGCAAGCUCUACACACGAAUGGGCCAGGCUACAGGAAAGAAGAAGGAGGAAAAGAUGCGCUUGGAGGCCAAGAAGCGCGCUUUGUCAAAGAACAAGAAGCCAUAG